AUGAAUAAUUAAAAGCAAUAAAUAAUUGUUUAGCUAUUUGGAAAAUGGUACGAUUUAACAGAGUUUUCUGAAUAUCAUCCAGGAGGAAAGGAAAUAUUAGAAAAACUAAAUGGAAAAGAUGGGACAGAUAAUUUUUAUGAGGCUGGACAUCUAUCUAAUCAUGCUGUAUUGCAACAUUUAUCAAGACUUCCAAUCAUAGAGAAACCAAAACUAUGA